AUAAAACUUCAGUUUGUUUUUAUAUUUUAUCGAGCAAUGACUGAAAACUUUAGUGUAACUCACGUCCGCACAGAUGAUUCAUUAUUCAAGGAUUACAAAAGCUUAAUUUCAGUGAAACCAAAAGAUCCAAAAUGGGUAAACUUUCCAGGUUGGGUAUCAUUUGAUCUACUCAAUGGUGACAUUGAAAGAAUUAAAGCUGCAAAAAUGUAUGAAGAUGAUGUGAUUCUUUGUGGAUUUCCUAGAAGUGGGACGAGUAUGAUGCAAGAGAUGAUAUGGCUUAUAAUGAAUGACUUUGAUUUUGAUAAAGCAAAAAAUAUCCAAAGAGGUGUUCGGGCUCCAAUUAUUGAGUUGUAUGAUUUCUACCAAUCGAUCAGAAAUGAAGGCAGUUAUCCGCAAUUUGAUGAUCUUCAGAGACCAAGAACAUUUAAAAGUCACAUGCCAGUUCAACUCCUCCCAGAUGAUGUCUGGACAAAAAAGCCCAAAUUGAUUUAUAUUUCUAGAAAUGUCAAGGAUGUUGCUGUGUCAUUUUAUCAUUUUUCUAAGGAUUAUUAUAACUAUUCUUAUACAAUUGAUGAGUUCCUCCAAUAUUUCCUUGAUGAUGCCCUUGAGUCAACUCCAUAUCGUGAACAUAUUCUGGAUUACUUAAAUAUUCCAAAUUAUAAAAAUAUUUUGUAUCUAACCUACGAACUUGUUACUAUGAAUUUAGAGUUUUACAUUAAUGAAGUAGCUGCUUUUUUGGGGAAGACGAUAAGUGAUGAGAAUAAAAUAAAGUUGAUGGAGCAUCUUAGUUUUAAGAACAUCAAAGAAAAUAAAGGCUUUAACAAUGAAUCGUUUUUAAAAAAAAUACGAGAUGAUACAGGAGCAACUCAAGAAAUUGCUGGACAUGCAAGAAAAGGAAAAUCUGGUGGAUUUAAAAGUGAAAUGUCUCAAGAAUAUAUUGAUAAAUUUGACAAAUGGAUGGCAGAGAAACUAGAAACUGGAUACAAUGUACAGUGAGGGAGAUGACGAGCUAAACGUAAUGGAUGCAGCAGCUUCUUACCAACAUGUUGGUCUGUUGAUACAAAACAAUUAAUAUAGGAACAGAACAAAAAGAGCAACAAAGAAUUCAAAGUUAAAAUAGUUGAUAAUUAAUAAAACUCUAUUCCAUUGACUUAAUACUCUAAUGUUAAAAGGUACAGUGCAAGCUGUCAAAAUCCAAACCUCAUUAUUUAAAGGAGCACGACCUUUAUAAUUCCUACAUUUCAGACAUUACUCUAAUUUAAACGAUCAAUUGUUGAAUUGGCAUAAAUUGAAUAAAAUUGCAUUUUAAUUA